UCCACAACUGAAGGCGGUUAAAAGUCACAUUUCCUUACGAGCGCGAUAUUUCAAGACCCAACACAACGUUUCAAACUCUUAGUCCACACCCUACCUUCCUCAAGAAAUAUGUUCUCUAAGCCUUAUCGUCAUAUCCCCUUCUUCCCGGAAACACCUGCUGGAUUCAGGAUGUUGAACUCUACGAAAAAGUCUUACCUUCGUCCCUUCAUUUUUUCGCGCAGUCCUUUACCGCACGUUGGCUCCCCUUUGAGCAGCCCCGCUCGGGAGCCAAAGGCACCCGCAUUCUUUGAUAACAACGCACCUCCCACACAGGGCCUUCCAUACAUCUUCGAACCCACCAACACCGCCCGUGUUGGUCGUACACCCAAGACUGCUCCUAUGCCAAAGGUCUUCAAGAAGAGUGCCCCCACCAAGACUUCCCCCAGUCAGGUGAUCCACACUCGCCGCAAACACGGUCACAAACGCUUUACCUACCAUCUCAGCCUCACUCGUCCUGGCCUCCGUCGCAAAGGCCCCCGUUUCCAUAACCCCGCCAAGCUCAAGCGCGUCAAAGCAGCGGUGGCUCUCGUCAAUCUUGAAGACGUCGCCCUCCAGACCAUGCAAGCCGGUAGUAUGACAGAUGAAGAUCGUAUCUUCCUCAAGCAGCUUGAAGAGCUCCGCCUGGACCAGCGGCGCAAGCACACGUUUGGAGAUGCUAGGGAGGCCGUCGCCCGUGCUGAAGCAUUGUGCCCAAAACGCGAGUUGGAGCACGCAGAGCGCGACCGCCAAGCUGCCCUGCGAUUGAAGGACAGACCACGCAGGCAAAAGGAAGAGGAGGAAUUGCGCCGUUUGGAGGAGCUGCGCCGUUUAGAGGAGGAACGUCAGCGGCAGGAGGAGGAGAAGCGCAAACAAGAGGAAAUCAGGCGCAGAGAGGAAGAAUCCAGGCGUCGCGCAGAAGAACGGGCACGCCUUCAUGAGCAGCGCGAGCGCGAGCAACAGGCCAAACGGGAGGCUUUCCGUAAAGCACAGGAGGAAGAUGAACGCCGGGCCCGUGAGCAAGCAGAGCAGCGCCUUCGUGAAGAAGCUCUACGGCAGGAGAGGCAGCGCCAGGAAGACCUUCGCAACACAGCUGAAGCUGCGAAUAUCAUCGCUUUUUUCCAGCUCUACGACGCCAAGUGGAAUGAGCUCAAACAGAGCAAGACAUUGACCUCGGUCAUGCUCUGUGAGAUGCCAUGGCCCAUCUGUAAGCACAGUUGCACAUCCCCCGAUGAUAUCUCCCGUCGUGGCCUGGAGGAAUUCAUCUUCCAUCCCCUCCGCCCUGGGAUGGAGAUAAAGUCGCGCAAGGACCGCUUAAGAGCAGAGAUACUUAGAUUCCACCCCGACAAGUUUAACUCACACCUCAUGCUCAAGUUGCGGGAGUGCGAUAGGGAAAAGGCACUCGAAAUCGCGGGAGCGGUGGCUAGAAUGCUGACGGAAAUGUUGGCUGAGGAGAUUGAGAGGGAGAAGAGUCAAUAGAUUUCCCUGUAAAUCAACCAGUAAAAUUGUAUAGCCAUCAGCACCGACAUAUGAUAUUCGGAGAGUAAGGCUUGGUCGCACGUACU